CUAGUUUUUAAACGUUAACGUUAGAUUAGCUGAAUUAGCUAUGCUUAUUUAUCCAGAGUGAAUCAUAGCUAUUAGCUGGUUUUCUUCUCGGUUGGGAAGCGGUAGUCAUGCUUGCUUUUUAACGUCUGCCAAACUGUAGACCAGUUAGUUCAGUAUAAAGGCAGAAGGCUGUUCUUACUUUUGAAGUAAACUGUCCAAGCGUCGCACAGAUGGAUCUUGAAAUCCGUCACUGCUUGAUAAAGACACAGGAGAAAAACGACCCUGUAGCUCUGAAGAAAGCGUAUGCCGCAAUUAAAGAUGUUGUCUCAGGAAAAACGACGUCAGAUGCCAAAUGUUUCCUUCCUGAGCUCUGUGUGUUGUGUGCAGAGCAAGCUUUACGGCUGGGCUGUAAGGAGAUUACAGAGGAUUGCCUAAUGAUGUAUUUUGAGAGCAAACCCCCCCCUAAUCAGUUUCUCUGCCGUGCAUACUUCUGUCAGGCUCAGUUGAACUCACCUUCCUCUGUCUGCACUGUGGAGGAUAUGGAUAAGGCUGUGAUGUACUAUCUGAAGGCUAUAGAGAUAUCCAAAGACAACCCGAGAUACCAUUUUCUGGUCUUCAACGCAUCACUUCUGUACUUUCAGACUGUGCGUGUGUUCUUGCGGCCUGGCCAGCGUCAGCACCUGGUCUCCUCACUCACGCAGGUGCUCAGUGCUCUGGAGGUGGUGCAUGAGCCUGACUACGCUUGGCGGGCUGAACUGAUGCUACUCCUAGUUGAAUGCCUAGUGGAUGCUGGGAAACACAAGGAGGCAGCUGCUUUUGCCAAGGUCACCUCUGAUUUUAUAGAACUCCAUAAACCUGAGAUGUAUCCCCGCAUUUUCUCCAUACAGGUACGACAUAACCUUAUAGAUGCCUCCAAAACUCAGAAGAAAACAAGUCCCAAAUUACUUGUCAUCUACAAGAUGCAGAAGCUCAAAAACAUGGCUGAAGUGAGUGAAAGAACAAACGAGUCUGCUGAACUGAGGGAGAUUUUCCUCUUGCUGACUCAAUCAUCUCAGCCCCAGUCACCUGCCUCUCACAGUUCUAGUCCUGAUCUUGAUGAAAACUCCCCUAUUCUUUUGACUGACAGGACUGAGCUCCUGUUGGAGUUGGCCUUCCUCUCUCUACAGCUGAAAGAGCACAGAACAGCAGAAGACUGCCUUAAGGAGCUAGAAGCCACUGAUGCUGCCACAGUCGCCCAAUGCAUUAUGAUGGAGUGUGUUGAGUGUGAGCUGGCUCUAAAGAAACUGAAUGGCCACAUUGAGGACUACACCAAAAGCAGUGUGGAGGCCCGACUAGCUAUUGUUGGCCGAUUGGAUGCAUUGCUCCAGAGGGCAAUGAAAGAGGGAGAUGGUCACGUGACGCAGUGUGUGUGUGCUUCUUUGUGGAACAGCUGUCUGCCUCUGCUCCAAAACAACCUUCGGAGGAGCAUCAAAAGACCUCUGCUUACUCUUGCACAUGCGCUGGAGGAUAUUAACAGCAUGUUGUUGAACAUGCGGUGUCAGGUCCAUGCUGAGCUGGCAGCUAUAGAAGAGGAAGAGCAGAGGCUGGAGCUUGCAUUAAAACACCUCCAUACAGCACUGGGUCUGGAUGAGAACGGCCAGUACCAGCAGCAUCUGUCCUCCUCCUUGCAUCUCCUUCAGCUGCACACUAGCAUCUACGCUACUCCCACACGGCCAGAGGACCAAGCUGCCAUGCUUAUCCAGCAGGCAAAAGAGGGGAGUGGCUGUGAGCCAGCAAAGAAGUGGCGCCCAAUGCUGGUUACUGCUGGAAUUGCUCUGGCACCUAACUCCUUCCAGAUGGUCCUGGAUGCAGACAGUGCAGUAAAAGUUUCAGGCAGCAGCCCCCAGGGCCAGGGCCAUUUGGAGCAGCUUGCUGCCAAGGCCCAGCAACACAUGACUUGUCUGCAAAGGAUAGAAGGUCAUCUAGCCAGCCUGGAGAGAGGCGCAGAUGAUCGAGAGAGGAUGAGGUUAUGGGCGUCCCUGGUGAAGGCUGCACGGAAACAGGAGGCAUGGGAUGUGUGCAGGACAGCGUGCCGGUUCUGUCUGCUCUAUGAUGAUGGUAGAUGGAAAAACAAACGUGAGCUGAUGAAUGAGGUAAAGCCAGUGGAAGGCAAGCAAAGUGACCAUGGAGUGGCAGCAGGAGGACUGAAUCAGGGUGGGGAGGGAGAUCUGCUGCGUCUGUUGUCUGAGGUUCACUUCAUUUGUGCAGAGGCAACCAUACACAAACUUCGGUCUGAGGGGGUGGAACUUAAUGGCUCGCCUGUUCUACCCAUUGAGGGAGUAGCAUGCCCACCUGAGGAUGAUCCUCGCUGGGCUCUGUACAGUGAUUGGAUUCGAGAGCUGUCAGCCUAUGCUACAGCUAAUUUCCUGCGAGGGGCUGAAUUGGGGGCAGAAAUUCAGGAGUCGUGGAUCAUGGCUAACGCAGCUGUGUACCUGUGGAACUAUAACAGCCACUUGCUGGCCAUGCGGGGACACAGCACUCUCCUGGCCACAUUCAGUCGACUAGUGGAGCUACUCAGACAGACAGGCCAUGCUGGGGAGGUGGUGCUUCUGGUCUUGUUGUGUGAUGCUGUGGCUCAGGGUAUCAUCCAGCCUUGGUGUGAGACAUCUGGACAGAUCAAACAGGAGCAAGAUAGUGGAAAAGGUGGAAUGCAGCAGCAGGCUGACAAGGCAAAAAAAGGUGGAGGAAAGGUCUCAGAGAAAUCAGGCUCUACCCAUUUCCUUACUUUGGAGGCAGCUGCUGUACAGGACAUCAAGAAGGCUUUAGAGAUGUGCGACUAUGCUCUGAGGCUGUCCAAUGGGAAUGAAGAGAGGGUGCCCAUCAUGGUGAGGAAACAGCUCAUCAGCACAUGGGUGAAUACCAAACGCCUGCUGCAGCAGCAGAUUGGACAGAAACUCGACACUGACGAUGAGAGUAAAGAUGAGGCUGUGGUAGCCAUGUCCCGUGUGCUGGUUGGAGUGGAGAUGCUGCUGUGUAAUAGUAAUCCCAGACUAAUGGAGUUCACCAUACCUAGUCUUGGAACGCUGGCGCAAAUGGCAUCUGACUGCAAGUGGUCUGAUCCAGUGGUGGAGUUGUAUGUGUGGUCUCAGCUUGCUCGCUUUGCCCACCAGAGCCACGAUCAUGACCUGGUUAUAACCUGCACACAGAAUGCCCUGCAACUAAAGGAGACUGCCAUUCAUAAGGCAAAGGUCACAGCGUGCAGCCUGUACAGUGUGAGAACAGUGAAGGAGAUGCUUAGCAGCUCUGCAUGUUUAAGAGGACUGAGUAUGCUCCACAAGUGUGUUGGCAAUCCUGCAAGCUAUACAGCAGCGCUCGCCAUGCUCCAGUCUAGCAUCAGCCUUGCUGAACAGGCAGGUAGCUGGUCUCUGUGUGGGUCUGCAGCCAAGCACUACUGGAAUGCCUGCCUUCCUCUUCUAACCAGUCCUGAGCAGAGACAGCAGCUCAAAGAACCACUGGAGCUCAUUGUGAAGGCCCUGACCAACACCUGCCCUCAAACAGGCACUGUGCUGCUGCAAAGUAUGCAUUAUUUUGUGAGAUCUCAAAAUAAAUGGGGCAGAAGUAAUACGGCAGUUUUCAGCCAGAAGAAUAAUUGUAAGGCUGAAGAUGACCUGGCAGUGAGGGCAGCUAUGUACAGUGUACUAUUUAAUAUCUAUACUGACAGUGGUAGUUGGAAGAGUGGCCUGCAGAUCCUGGACCGGGCCAUCAGAGAGAUGCCCCGCAGCCCACAGAGACUACUCCUUUAUAAGCAGCGGGUGCUGGCGAAGGCUAAGCUAGGAGAGAGUAUUGUGCUGGAUAUGCAGAGGUUUAAAGAAGAGGGAGAGCAGGCCUGUGCUCUGAUGUGGCAUCGCGUGGCUCUCUGCGUCGAAGACACACAGCAACAGUUGGCCUGCUACCAGAAUGCCAUCAGCACCCUAAAGAGUGCCAGUAGUCAGCGGCAGAAGGUGGAUUUUCUGCUGGAAUUUGGGGAAUGGCUGUACUGUAGUAAUUUUCCUGUGGUUGAUGCACAGACGCAGAUUCAGAGUGCCAUAGACAUCCUUCUCUCCGCCACUACUAACAUGACCCAGAGCCUUGAGACCUCUGGGCAGCCAGAAGGGGUGAUUCCAGUCAGCUGUCUAUCUGAGCUGAGGGAAGUGUGGCGUCUCGACGGCCUAGUGAGAGCACAUACGCUGCUGGCUUUCAUUGAGUCCAGAGUAACCCCUCAGCACCAGCAGUACCUGCUCCUGGCGUAUUCCUCUGUGCUGCAGAUCUGGAAGGUGUCCAUGGAAUCAGCACAGGAAGUCAUUAAAGAGGAGCUGAGGAAUCCUGCUGUCAUGGCUCCACCUGCGUCAGCAGCCAGCAACAAAAAAGACAAGGAAAAAGAGAAAGAAAAGGAGAAAGGCAAAAAGUCAAAAGAGCCCCCUCUUGUUGAGAAAAAGCCCAGAGGCCCGGUUUCAGACUCCUUCCCGCCUUCCAGCCCAGAGGAGUGGGCUCAGUUCGAAUGUUCUGAGGAGGUCCGCCAAGCUUUCAGACAUGACAGUGGCCCUUACUCCAUCAACAGGCACAGCAUCAGUGUGCAGAGCCGAACUCUGUUCUAUCUGGAUGUCCUAGUGAGAGAGCUGGAGUCUGUAUCUCUGACCCCACUAACACUGCCUCCUCUGCACUUGGCUGAGGUCAUUGCUCAUGACCUCUCACUCAGCAAGAGUCACUCCGACCUUUACCGCCUCAGGAUAGUGAAGACCUGUUGCGACCUGGGACUUGAGUCUUCAUCACCAUUCAGAGAAUCAUUACUGAGCUUCGCUUUUGUUCCUGAAGAUGAGCAGAUGGCGUGUCGAAGCAGAAUUGCUCUCCAGAGAGAAAGAAAUGAAUAUGAGUCAGAGAGUAAAAUCAGCAAGACAGAUGAGCUGCUGCCUCCUCACAGUGGGAGCACUGCAUCUGUAGGCAGUGUGUCCAGGAAGAGGUGGGGCUGGUGCUCUGUGCAGGAGCUGUGGCUGGACAAGGCUGCUGUGUGUCUCAGUAUGGGUCUGUACCAGCCUGCCAGGAGCCUGCUGGCUGAGGCUCACCUGGUGGCCAAGGGACUUGGAGACCAGACGUCAUUUGCUAGGAGUUACCACUUGUUGGCUUUUCUGGUCAGUCAGGAGCAGCAUCAUGUUCAAGCCCUUGCUUUAUUGAAGCAGGCUGAGGAGAUAGGUGGGGAUGAGGAUUUCUGGUUCCACCUCACUCAAAGCCUCCUGAACACCACAGCCGAGUGUGCGGGAGAGGACAUGUACACCCAGGUGUGCCAGAUAGUAGACAGAGCCAUCGGCCUUCUCAAAUCAGCUCUGGAGCAGAGACCGAAUCGAGCUCCUGUUCUCUAUUUCUACAUUGCAUCACUGCAGGCCAAAGGUGCAGUGCUGUGUCGCUCUACACUUAGGCCUGCUUGUGCUGACCGGGUCAAAACGGUGGAGAGACUGAAGUCAGUUUGUGACACUCUGAAACACAGUGCUGCAGCUCUACUCCAGCAUGGCUACAGAACCCCCGCUGCUGAGACAACUCUAGAGCAGGCAAGCUCUCUGAGAAUGCUGGCCAUGCUUACUUCCGUCAAAGAAGAGAAACAGCAGCACCUACUCGAGGCCCUCAUGCUUAUGCAGCAGGCUGUGUCCCUGCAGGAGGAAGUGCUUUCCCAUUGCCUUAAGCUUCUCCCAACUCAUGAGUGUGGGCGGUAUAGCCUGCCCGCAAUGCGUGUGUGUGUGGACUUCAGGUUGGCUUUGGUUAAUCUGGCUCUGCUGAUGCUGGAGAUGCAGUGUGAGGAGGAGAUGCUUCAAGCGAGACUCCGUAGCAGGAAGAGCUACAUUGAGAGAGCUGUGGAGGACUACAUCUUGAGCAACACAGACCUGAGUGCUCUAGAACAGGAGUGGCUGACUGUGACUCAGUCCCUGGGUCAGAUGGCUUUGACUCAGCUGUCUGUGAUCAACUCUCUCUCACUGGACUGCAUAGAGACCAAAGCACGCUCCAUUGGCAUGCUGGGAAGGUGUCUGAGAUUGAUAGCGCUGCAGAGAGACCCACUCUACACCAUUCCUAUGUGGGAUGGACCAGUCAUGGUGGAGAACAGAGAAGAGAGAAAGGCAAAUGAGGAUGACGAUGAAGAUGAGGAAGAGGCAAGCAUGGAAGGAGUGGAUGGAAGCACAAUACAGAAUGGAGAGAGCACUGCCAAAAGUGUUGAACUGCAGACAAAUAGGAGGGCAGUGCAGCAGAAGCUGGCCCAGGCGAGUGAGACUCUGGCUCAGGCUCUGAGCUUGGCUCUGCAGCACAACUUCCCCCAGGUACUCUCUCAGGUCUGUGUGGACUUGAUGGAAUGCUACAGCCAGUAUGACCCAGCAGUCUGUGGCCAGUACCUUGCUCUGCUGCAGAGCUGUGUGUGCUGCGCUGAUAUGUCCAGCAUGUUGCGUGCUGCAUGUUCGGACACUGGUCAUUCUCAGUUGGCUGCCCUGCUGGGUCUGCAGAAGACCCUUCAGUCCUCUCCACAACUCCUCCUCUCAGCAAUUGACCACUCACUCCACACAUUCUCCAAGGGCUACCAGCACUUGACUAUAAACCCUAACCACCUGAGCUUGCUGGGAGAAAUGCCACCCAAUCUCAAAAUCCUGCUGCUGCAGCACUCUGAAGAUGGUUCAGUGCUGUAUGGAGCUUUCUAUGAGAAGACAAAAGCCACUGAAAGUCAGAAAAGGAAGAGCAUGCAGAUCGCAGGUGGGUUAGCUUGUUCCAGAGUGGCCAAGGCUCGAGUCCAGCCUUCUGUCCUGUUCCGGCUCCGAGACCAAGUGCAAGCCUUCAGAUGCCUCGCAGCACAAACCCUGCUUGAAGAGUCGCGCAGCCACAUACAUGCAAUGCCAGAAGAACACUGCACUCAGCUGGAUGACAGCACAGACAGAGAGUUGGGGUUGCAUUUGCAGGCCAUAGUGAAGGAAAUGGAUGACUAUCUGGAUCCUGUUCUCUCUCAGUUUGACUUCUCCUGUUUUAGCCAGCGCCCUCCAUCGAUAUCCAUCGGCGAGGCAGCCCGGUCCAAAGACAAGGAGGAGAGGGGGACUGCAGAUAAAGCUCUGCCUGUAGGAUCACCUGCAGAGCAGGGUGAGUGUGUGGUAGUGUUAGCUGACAGGAUGUUGCUGGAGAUGCCAUUAGAAGCUCUGGCAGUUCUGCAGGGGGAUGGAGUCAGCUCAGUGUCCCGGGAUUUCUCCCUGCAGGUCUUCCACACACGCCUCCAGAGAGAGCAGCCAGUUGAAAGUGACAAUAAAAAGGAGACCAAAGGUGGAAAGCCAGUCAAGGGGAAAGGAGAUCAAAGCAAAGCCAUCAAAGUGGUACCAGUAAACCGUAUCUUACCUCCAAACACUCUCCCGGUGGACACACACAACUUCAAAUAUGUUGUUGAUCUGCACAAUGAUGGGGGAGACUGUGAAUGGAGCAGUCCAGCAGAGAGAAUGAGGAAAACUCUAGAGAUGUACUCACAGCAGUUCACACCUCUCUGGGAUGGGAUCAUUGACAGUGAGCAUGUCUGCAGUCCUGCAGAACUGGAGCCUCUGCUGGCAAACUGCAGUUCUUUCAUCUUCUAUGGCACAGAGCGCUUUCUCUCCCACAUUUCACCUGCCAGGCUAGUCACCCUCAACCUGACCGAAUGCCAGAUGGCUAUCCUCUUUGACCUGGUUCAGAACAACACUAGUAUGCUUCGUCAGUCUCAACAGGAUGUCCAAAAAAGUAAGGCCCUCUUGGCUCUGGAGUCUCCGUUACAGUGUGUGUAUCUGCUCACUCUCUGUGGAGUUCAUUCUGUAAUGCUCAACCAGUGGUCCAGCAGCGCCAAGACUAACGCUCAAAAUAUGGAAGUCAUCAUGGAGAAUCUCCUGAAAGAAGGACUGUCAUCUGGCCAGUCUGUCGACACUUUGAGGAGGAGCUCCCGUCUUACUGAAAGAGAAGUAAACGCUCUGAGCCAGAGAGUGGCAACGUGUCCUGUUGAUGUGGACAGUGUACUAAGCUGGGGUUCACCCUCUGCUCUCAACUUCAUCAUCUAUGGACUACCUAAUUUAGUCGUUACCUGACCCUCUGGGGCUGUUUGGGAUUUAACUCAGAGGACAUAGACCACUGCAAGGAAUGUUGAAAAUAGUCUAAUAAUGCUAUUGCCCCUGGGUCAAAACAUUGACACAAACAAACACAUACCUAAUAAGAGUUGUUGUUAUUAUUUUCCCAG